UUUCUUUGUUUUAAAAUUAUUCACUAUGUUAUCGUCGGAAGCUUUGGGAUAAAUUUGUCAGAUGAAAACGAUUUUAUGCAUUUUGCACGAAAAGUAAGUUAACUAGGUUAGGUGCUUUAAUUUAAAAAUGUCGUUACCAAAUGGCUGGCGGAGAGAAGAAAUAGUUCGAAAGAAUGGACUGUCUUCGGGGAAGAUCGACGUCUACUACUACAGUCCUGACGGUCGAAAAUUUCGAAGCAAGACUCAACUGGCGAAAGCAUUUAGGGACAAAAUCGAUCUAUCAAACUUUGAUUACAAAACCGGCAAAUUAGGACUUGGCAGCAGCACUUCGUACCACAAGAAGACGGCCAGCAGACACGAUGCCAACGUCACCAUGCCCAUUCGUCAGACGGCCUCAAUUUUCAAACAACCUGUAACCGUCAUAAAAAAUCAUACUGAUUCCAAAACGCGAACGGAUUUGAAACAGGGCACUCAAGAACAACCUCGACAAAUAUUUUGGGAGAAAAGACUUCAAGGUCUUUUAGCCAGUGACACCACUGGAGAACAAAUGUCCUCAUUCCAGCUGCCAAAUUCUAUUCAAAGUUUAACACCUGAAUUAGUUGGGACAGAAAAUCUUCUCCACAGCAUAGCAGCCGCCCUUCAUUUGGGGAACCAACCGAUAACUGGACAGUCAAUGAGCAGUGUCCUGAUUCAGAAGAAUCCGUGCGCCAACAUAAAUGCCGACCAACCACUUAUUCAGAACGUUGUCAUCAAUGAUAUCGACAUCCAAAAGCAGGAAGCCAGAGUAUUAGAAGCCAGGAAAAGAUUACAAAGGGCCAUGAAUGCUGUCAUAUUGUCGUCUGCUUGAGAUACAUAUACGUUUUGAUAUAUAAUUGUAAAACAACUUUGUACAUUUCAGAAUAAUAAUACUACAUUUGAACAGUUUUCUUUAUGGAAUAAAAUCAAAAACACCUGAUGGAUAUUUUAAAGUUUCCAUUAUAAACAGGCACAGGGAUGGCAGUUUUCAUUUACUUCUCUUAUUUUCAUCAAGACAUGUCAUUGUAUUUCAUGCGCGUGUGUGAAUGAUUCAUGCACGCCUGCAUGCUGACAAUUCAUUGGUGGACUUAUUCUUAGAUGUUUUGUGCAUGUACAUAAUAUAUUGUGUUGUCUACUUUACUAAUUUCAAUAAAAGAAAUUGUAUUCUUUGUUAGAAAAUUA